AUGACAAUGACCGCUAGAAAUCUGAUUUACAGACAGCUGAUGUCCACUUCUGUGCUGUUGACAGGUCUGGUUUCCACCACAGCAACUGCACCAGUGGAUGUAGUCAAAACCCACAUGUUUGUCCGUGGCAACAAGUUUUCUGGGCCCGUACACUGCAUGGUCGACAUUCUGAAGCAUGAUGGUUUUUUGGGGCUGUUCAAGGGGUGGACUGCCAACUAUGUGAGACUCGGGCCCCAAACGACCAUUACCUUUGUCGUUCUGGAGCAGCUGCGGAGUCUGGCUGGACUAGGUAGCGUAUGA